CGUCACAACGAGCCGAGCCGCGGCCGACAGCCAGAAGCGCCGGCGGGGAGGCGGCGGCCGACUGACUGACAAGCCGGGCCAGGCCCGGAGCGCGGCUGACCUUCCGCGAUGGCGCUGCGGCAAACGCUGGGCAAGGGGCUGCGGCUGGGCCGGGGGCUGCUGUCGCGCUGGCUCGGCGGGGGGCCUCCCAUUCCGGCUCCGCCGCCGCCUCGGGCCGUUCUCCUCCGCCAGCAGGCGCCUCUGCCGCCCGCCCGCGCGCCGGGCUUUCUACGCGAGGCCGCGGAUCGCCUCGGCCUCCGGCGGAUGCCGUUGCGGCAAGCGGCCGUCCGCCUCUCCGCUGGCCCUCACCACCGCCGACGCCUCGGCUUAGCCUUGAGCCUCGGGCUGGCGUUGCUGGAGCCGGCGCUGGCUGAGCAGCGGCAGGCGGACGAGGCCUGCAAGGACAUCCAGACGAUAUUUAUCCGGAGGAACGGGACCAAGAAAGACCCCUUGGGCUUAUUCCGCCGGCAGGGUUUCAAACUGGAAGAGUACUCUAUAGGCCAACCCAUUGGUAAAGGCUGCAGUGCUGCCGUGUACGAAGCAACAAUUCCUUUCUCCGCCUGUGACAAAGCAAACGAGGAACAAAACUCUGAAGAUUGUGAUUGUCGUGAUGGUUCAGGCAUCCAGGCCCUGGAUGCUCGCCAAGCUCGCUACUGGAGAGCUGGCUUCCCACUGGCUAUCAAGAUGAUGUGGAACAUUUCGGCUGGUUCCUCAAGCGAAGCCAUCCUCCGCACCAUGUCACAGGAGCUCGUUCCGGCCCGGGGCUCUGCGUUGUCUGGAGAAUUCGGAGCUGUCACAUGCCCCAGGAAACCUGGCUUUGGUAAGAAGCUGCUGGAGCCCCAUCCAAACAUCAUCCAGGUGCUCCGAGCCUUCACAUCUCGCGUCCCACUGCUCCCUGGCGCAACGGUAGACUACCCAGAUGUUCUCCCUGCCACUCUGAAUCCCUCUGGAAUCGGACACAGCCGCACACUCUUCCUGGUGAUGAAAAACUAUCCCUAUACUCUGCGCCAGUAUCUCCGCGAGAGGAAUCCUGACGUCCGCCUGAGCACUAUGAUGAUCCUGCAGUUACUGGAAGGGGUAGACCACCUCGUGCGACAAGGAGUGGCUCACAGGGAUUUGAAGUCCGACAACAUCCUUAUCGAAUUUGAUCCUGCGGGAUGUCCGUGGCUGGUGAUCACAGAUUUCGGCUGCUGUUUGGCUGAUGACAAAAUUGGUUUGAAAUUGCCUUUUACCAGCUGGUACGUGGAUCGUGGUGGCAACAGCUGCCUCAUGGCACCGGAGGUGCUCACAGCUUCCCCCGGUCCAGGCGUUGUGAUCGAUUACACCAAAACAGACGUCUGGGCAGUUGGAGCGAUCGCAUACGAAAUCCUUGGGGCACGUAACCCUUUCUACGGCAACGGGGAAUCAUCCCUUGAAAGCAGGAGCUACCGUGAGGAGGAGCUGCCGCCCUUGCCAGAGAGGACGCCCCUUGAAGUUAGGAAGGUUGUCAGGGCGCUGCUUUGCCGAGACCCCAAGAAGAGACUCUCGGCCAGAGUUGCGGCCAACAUAUUUCAUCUGAGCCUGUGGGGUGAAGGUAUUCUCAGCCUCAAGGACCUGAGACUCGACAAGAUGAUUGGCUGGCUUCUUCACCAAUCAGCGGCCACCUUGUUGAUGGAUGGACUUGGAGACGGAAACCGGGUCGAAACCAAGCUGAAGAAAUGCUUCUUGGCGAACCUGGAGUACGAAGAUCUCUGGGAGGCAGCUGCCUUGCUUCACUCCUGGAGAAAAGUUGGGACAGGACGAGCUGCCAUCUGCUUCUCUUGAGCCUUCGGUGUACUUUCUUGAUGUUCCACUAAAAGCACUUAGCUAGACACAGCUCCCUUUCUUUUGCAAGCCUAGACAUACUUUAGGCGAAAAGCAGCUUCCAAGAAGUGAAGUAUUUUAGGUGCAGGUUAGGUAAGGAGCAGGUUAGGUUUAUCUGCAGAAAUCGUCACCAUCUCUGCUACUGUUAGCUUUCAAAGAAACGGGGUGAUUUGUUUGCUGUUGCUGCUUUUAAACCAGAGUCUCUUUAUUUUCUUUUUGAAUGGAAGUCAUAGUUCAAGAGUGUCUGUGGAGCAGUGAUGAUAACAAAACUGUGCAGUUGUGCUUUAUUCUAAAGAUGAAUUUGUUUCCACAAACAGAAAGAAAUCAAAAAUCUCACUUAGGCAUCUGAAUAUUGUCUAUCCGUUUUGGUGCAUUCACAUACCAUUGUUUUUCCCAGGAUUCAUUUCUGAAGUACUGAAUCCUGCACGGAUUUGAUCAAUGCUGUUUACAAAGUCGUUCCUUUUGAAAAAGGAAUCUCGCUUUCCCAAGAGCAGACCCCGUCCAAAAGGGUGGAUCGACUGGCUUAGAAGAGAUCCUUACCAGCCCACCUGCUUAUGAGUAGGCGCUGCAUUCCAGUUCUGGCUCAUAAGUAGAUCGCUGACUAGGAAGAUUCUUUCCACCCUCACACUUGAAAUAGGGCCUUUCCUAAUUAGCUGGUUUGCACCCUGAAAAGAAAAUAAGAUCUGCCAUUUGGAGGGGAUUUCAUCCAAGUGGGUGGCUGCAGCCAGCUGAUCAACUCAUGAGUAAGGUUCUUCCUUCUCAUGAGACAGACGGGGCUGUUUACUCAUUAUUCUGCUUUUUGCAGGUGCGAAGGAGAAGGCUUUCUGGCUGAGGAGGGCGAACUGAUCUGUCUCUCCUUGCCUCUGAAAAAACAAACUGUUGAAUGUAUGCCCUUAUUCAGUGGUUAAUGUAGGUAUUUAAAUUUAUAUUUCUUCAUGGAACCCCCAAGAGAUGUUAUCACAACAGCGUUUCAGAACUGCUUUGAAAUAAUAAGAGGAAAGUUGAGCGGCGUCAGAAAUCCCAAAACUGCUCUGCCCAAUUGAUUUCUGGGUUGCAACGCUGACCAUUUUUCUGCCAUACCUACUUGGGAAGUCAGUUCAUGUGAUGACUGCAGCUGCCACUUGGUAGCCUGGUGGUGCCAUGUGCCAGGAGAGUUGGGCACAUUUACCCUUGGGAUCCUUCUCACUUCAGCUGAUGGCAUGAUUGGAUGCUCAGGUCUUCAGGAAAGGAUAGAAGAGAAGAGAUCAGAAGAAAGAAAUGGGAAAGCCAGCGUUGAGUAGAGAAUAUUCUGCUAAACUUGGGCAUUGUGCCAGGUUUACAGAAUAAUUUCUCAUCCUGAGAGGAUAUCGAGGUGUUGUUCUACAGAUGACUGACUUUAGAGUCUUGCUUCUGUUUAUGGUCUUGUUAAAGUAGAACUUAUAGUUCAUGAACUGUAAAGUGUUUUAUUGCCAGUUGUUGGAGAAGUUAAUUAUUUCAGCCUUUUGGCUCAAUAAAACGUCCCAUUCUCUUGCGCUUGA